UUCAGUCCUGCUCUGCCGCUGCACCAUCACCCAACUUUAUCACCAUCAUUUUUGCACCAUCUUUUUUCAUUUCCUCGUCUUUUUACACUCACAGAUUUGAUUUUAAAAUGAAGGAACGCAGAACUCAGCCUUUUGUGGCGCGGUGUAAACUGGUUUUGGUCGGAGAUGUCCAAUGCGGUAAAACUGCCAUGUUACAAGUGCUGGCAAAGGACUAUUACCCAGAGACCUACGUCCCCACAGUGUUUGAGAACUACACAGCCUGUUUAGACCUGGAGGAGCAGAGAGUGGAGCUUAGUCUCUGGGACACGUCAGGUUCUCCAUAUUACGACAAUGUGCGUCCUUUAUGCUACAGUGAUUCAGAUGCUGUCCUCUUGUGUUUCGACAUCAGCCGACCAGACACAGUGGACAGUGCAUUGAAAAAGUGGAAAACAGAGAUCCAGGACUUUUGCCCAAACACACGUAUCCUUCUCAUCGGCUGCAAGACAGACCUCCGAACAGACGUUUGCACUCGGAUUGAGCUGUCCAAUCAGAAGCAAGCGCCCAUCUCAUAUGAACAGGGCACAUCAUUGGCCAAACAGUUGGGAGCAGAGACGUACCUGGAGUGUUCCGCAUUCACGUCAGAAAAGAGUAUCCACAGUGUUUUCAGGACCGCGGCUCAAGCUUGUAUGAACAAACUACAACCCUCCAACAAACCCAGCCCAGUGCGACGCCUAUCCAAAAGACUACUACAUCUGCCCAACAAAUCUGAGCUCCUCUCCUCCUCCUUCACCAAGGACCGCUCCAAAAGCUGCUCUGUCAUGUGAACAGUUACAAGCAAUUCAGUGUAUUUUUGUAUAGCCCAAAAUCACAACAGCAGUCGCCUCACAGGAGUUAAUAAAAUAAUCAAUUUGACCAACAGAAAGUUAGAAAAUCAAAUUGGUCAAUAACAGAUAUGCUGAUUAAACAACAUUCACAGGAAACAAGCAAAUGGAUAACUGUCCCAGCGCACCCCUUGUCCUUAGACCCUCCAAAAAAAAACAAAAAAACCCCAAACAUUUUGAAAAAGACAAGCCUUGAGGAGAACCACAGGGGAGGACAGAUCCAGUCCAAUAGACGGACAGGGACAGACAGCAGAUGUGUUCAGGACUGAAGUAUGUCCAUUAUGCAGAUGUGUUAAAUAAUUAUAGACGCGCAAAGAAAAGAUGUGCAAGGAAAGAAUAACUAUAUAAUCUGUACUAGAGGUUGAUUUAUUGUACGGAGACAGAGAUAAAAGUAUCAUCUUUAAUAUAACCUAAAUAAUUAAUAUCUAGUAUCACACUGGGAGCAUAGCAGGUGUUCUUAAAAAAAAUGUGUUGUGUCUAAAGAACGAAUCAUAUGUUAUACUCAGAGGUGGUUGUAAGCAGUGCAUUCAUCAGCAUUUAAAUAACAGCAUUUAAAAUCAUAUAACAGAUUUGAUUAGUGUAAAUUUUCUUAAGGUCACAUUGAGAGGGGUGAAACUGAAAUGACAAACCCAGACAGUAACAGAGGGGCAGAUAAUGAGGGCUACUUACAAGAGAGCUAUCAUAAUUCAUCCACUGAGGCUAUAGUUGGUGAUGGGGAACAUGGAUGUAGCGUGCAGUAUUGGUUUGUGAAGGCAGUGGGAGGAGGAGGAGGGGACGGAGGAAGAGAAGAGCACAUCCUCAAGAGCUGCACCGUGAGUCAGCAACAUUCACACGAGUCUUAGGCGCGACCAAAACAAAAGAGCCACUGUGGAGAACAACUAGCUGCAAGCUAUUUAUGUAUGAGGCGUUUAUGUGAGCAGGACAGCACCAACGCUAAUGUUUGUUACUCAAUAUAAAACACAUGCUAAAGGUGUGGGAUUGCUAAUGACUGGAUUAUUCUGUGUGAUUUAACUGCAGAUGUGUUUUGGUUGUUACUGAGCAGGUCUGUAGAGGACACAGGCAGGUCCUGUAUGAGGGAUUUUAUUCCCUUUUAUCAAAAGUAUCAAAAGUAGUGUUAGUUAAUUAUUCCUACAUGUCUCCAGUCACAUGCACACAUUAUUAUUGUACAGUUGUUACUAAUGCGCUUUAUUGAAGAGUGUCUUAUGGCUUCACUGCUGACAGAGGGGCGGAUAAAGGGAGGAUGAUUUGGAGGUCUGAGUUCUUUGGAUGCACAGAACACUGGAAUUUAACGUGUUGCUUAGCAACGGAGGAGCCGGGCAGCUCCUGUCUGAGAGGGCGCCUCGUAUUUGUAGCACAAGCCCCAGUGAAGCGCGGGUCGGACAGAGAGACUGUUGAAUAUCUAGAGUUUAACUGUUUGAACUGCGGCGGCUGUGAGUGGGCUGCUCGGUGCAAAGAUGCAUCUAAAACAAUCAUGAUUUGUUUCUGCAGUCAUUUUACUGUCGAUAGAUCAGACCAUUCUUCUGGCUCCUGUUACAGUUUGUCUUUUGUUAUUUAAAUUAAUUUAAUGUACAGACUGUAUCUCCUCUGAAAUGCACCAGAAGAAUGCUACUGAAACUGAAACAGAUAUUUGUACAAAUGUAAUAUUAAGUAUUGUCUGCUGUAAUGCUAUUUCAGUUUGUAUGUUUAUUUAAAUAAAAACAGAUGUUAAGUUAA